AUGACUUUUAUUAAAAUGCUAGUUGUAGAGAAACUGGUUCCAGUAUGUGUCACCACUAGUGAGGUUAACAGACCUGGCCCCCUUUAUAUUUGCCUGAAAAUAAUUGUACAUGAAAGGGAAGUGGUGCAAGCAAACUGUGUUCGCUGGAGAAAGAAGUUCUCGUUUAUGUGCAAAAUGAGUGCAAGUGCUGCUACAGGCAUCCUAGAUCCUUGUAUCUACAGAGUGUCUGUAAGGAAGGAGUUAAAAGGUGGAAAAGCUUAUGCAAAGCUGGGCUUUGCAGAUCUAAACCUGGCAGAGUUUGCUGGAUCAGGAAAUACCACUCGUCGCUGUUUACUGGAAGGCUAUGAUACCAAAAAUACAAGACAGGAUAAUUCCAUUCUUAAAGUUUUGAUCAGUAUGCAACUGAUGUCUGGUGACCCAUGUUUUAAAACGCCCCCUUCUACAUCAAUGUCUAUACCAAUUGCUGGUGAAUCUGAGUCUCUGGAAGAAGACAGAAAAGGUGGAGAGACCCUCAAAGUCCACCUUGGAAUAGCAGAUCUUUCAGCAAAGAGUACCUCUGUUCCCGAUGAACUGGGCGCCUGUGGACAUUCCAGAACAUCAAGCUAUGCAAGCCAGCAGUCGAAAGUAUCAGGGUAUAGCACAUGUCAUUCCCGGUCAUCUAGUUUCUCUGAGUUCUGCCACAGGAGAAAUACCUCAGUGGGGAGUACAUCAACAGGAAUUGAAAGUAUUCUAGAGCCUUGUGAUGAAAUGGAGCAAAAAAUUGCUGAAGCAAAUCUUGAUCCUGCUGAUAAAGAAGAUGCAGCCUCUGAAAAAUUCAACAGAUGCCCAGUGAAACAGGAUUCUGUAGAAUCUCAGCUGAAGCGAGUUGAUGACACCAGGGUGGAUGCAGAUGAUAUUGUGGAGAAAAUAUUACAAAGUCAAGACUUCACUCUAGACUCCAGUGCAGAAGAAGAAGGACUGAGGUUAUUCGUGGGUCCUGGGGGAAGCACAACAUUUGGCAGUCAUCAUCUCCCAAAUAGGCAGGAGGGACAGUUUGGAUCCUGUUACUCCAUCAUGACCAGAAACAGAACACUCUUCAAAGGGUGGGGUCUGGAGCUUAUGAACAAGUUGUGAUCAAACGCUAGAAGUCAAGCCAGUGAACAGAAGCUUCCCUGUGGAUGGUCUAACUUUGCAGUUCAGGCUGGCCUUGAACUCACCG